GUUUUUAUCGGCGGGCACCUUGACGGAGCCGCCGCCGCGCGUCCCCUCAGGCCCAGCCGCCGCCUCACGGCCGCCAUGGCGCCCGCCCCGCCCCUCCGCCCUCCCGCAGCGCCAUGGCGGCCGUCAGGGACGUGGAGAUCGACCCCGAGGGCACCUUCAAGUACAUCCUGGUGCGGCUGCAGCGCCCGGGCGGCGGCGAGCAGCGGGACAUCGUGCGCGGCACCAAGGCGGCCGAGUUCCACAAUCAUAUAUUUGAAAAAGUAAAUCCUGAGAUGGAAAAGCUGGGAUAUGAGUGCAAGUGCCUCGGAGGAGGGAAAAUAGAACAUAAUAGCAAAGACAAGAAAAUCAGGGUGUUUGGGCUCUCAACAGGCUAUGGGAAAGCAGAUCACUCAGUGACUGUAGAGAUCCUGAAGAAAGAGUAUACAGACUAUGAAAUUACUUGGUCAGAUGACAAGAAAUAAACUUGUGCACACAACCAGCAGUUCCAACCUGGUAACUGUGAGCUGUACUUUGAUCAAUAAAAUUGAAUGUGUGUUCUAUGUUUAUGUAACCAUCAA